AUGCUCCAAGAGCCCUCUUCCUUCACUCUUACCUGCAAAAUCUGUUGUGAGCCCGCUCACGGAGUCCACUUCGGAGUGCCUUCAUGCAGAGCGUGUGCUGCCUUUUUCAGGUAGGUUAGUGAUAAGGAACAAGCGAAAAGUGACAGAUAUUCAGAAGAACGACAGUGCUCGGGAAGAAGUAUACGUGCCGGCUGAAAAAUGAGAAAUGCGGCAUAAACAACGCGGACAGAUACACGUGCCGGCUCUGCCGCUACAAAAAGUGUUUGGGCAGCGGCAUGACCCCGGAGAGUGAGGAGCCGCUUGUCGAGCAGAAUACUCGUAAUUCAUUAUUUUUUCAGAUGUAAAGUACAAUUACGACUCUGCCGUGAAUUACACAAAGAAACCGUCACCGGCAGUGAAGAACGAGCACGACCCGCCGUCCGAUCCGUGCAGUCCGGCCGGCGCGACGCAGCUUCGAGAAGUUUGUGUACGGCGGACAAGAGAUGUCACGUAUGAGGUGCUAACCGACGAGAAAGGGGAGCCGAUUGUGAAGUUGGACAUCACGGGGCUCCUCAACAAUAUCACCUCCGUGCUUGACUACUUCACGCCUUCUGAUGACGUGACCAGGAUGAACACGCUGAAGAGAAUGGAGCACGCACUGUUGGAGUACAGGCAGAUACAUCAUACCAAUGUUAUUAAGGUAGGAAUUAAAGGAAACGAAUACGAACCAAAAUAAAAAGGUCAUGUUUCAGUUCGUGCAAUCGAUAUCAAUGCAGGAGGUCUUGAUGACCGGCAACGCGCAGAUCAAAUCCAUCACCAAGUUCUUGAUGCAUUCCGGUCCGUUCCGAUCUCUCCGCAACGAGGAUCAGAUGCAGAUGCUCAAGUCGAUUUGGGUGCAGUGGAAGCGGCUGGAGCGAUACGUCUCGACCGCUCAGAUCUUCGGACGGCGCAUGUACGAGGACCAGAUUGUGACGCUCGUGCCCGGACUGGCAGCCUACCUGAAUAAGGUGCGCGUGGACUGCGCAUCGUUCAUCUACAAAAAGGCGGAGGGAAUGAAAUUGUGGGUGAGAAUACGAAAAGACACUGACCGUCCCUGCUUUCAGUUACAUGGAGAACUUCAAUAAUCGAAUGAUGGAAGAGGUGGGAAGGCCGUUGGUCGAGUUGGAAUUGACGAGUGUCGAGACGGCGUUCAUGCUGGCACAACUGUCGUGGCACGUGGCAGGUUCGAAUCCAUCACCAUAAAAAUAGAACAUCUAAGCAAAUGUUUAGGGAAAGAACUGCAAGGAGACGUGCUGAAAGCGAGUGAAUCCGAGCAGGAAACACUUGCGAAUGAGCUGCACGUCUACUACAUUUCCGAACUGAAACUGCCCAACUACGCAUCGAGACUCAUCAAGAUUAUGAACAUUAUCAAUGCGGCGCAGAAGAUUCACUUUGAGCGGCAGAACUUUAUGGAUAUUGUUCGGAUAUUUGACUUUUUCCGGGUUCAUGUCUCCGAUCCGGAAUUGUACAAAAGUUACUUUUAA